AUGGUAUUCAAAAUAAAUGAUUUUCUAUCGUUAUUCAAAAUAUUUAUAUUUACUUUAUUAAUAUGGAUUACGUACUUUUCCAAUCAAUCCUAUAUCUUGAUAAGCUCACGAAGCAAGAAUGGCCAGCUCAUCACCCCAUUCGCACUUAAAGUUACGAGGGUAUUAAGUGAAUUGAGUCAGUCAUCAAGCCAAUCAAGCGUAUUGAAUAAUCAACAAGUUGAUAUUAUUCAGGAUAAAUCUGAUAUACCGAAGGAAAAUGGAAAAAUAAAAUUAUUCAAUUCAUCAUCCAACUCCUCAAAAUCACCACAAAACAUAAAGGACCCAUAUAACACAAAACAAAAAUUUAAAGCCGUCAAAUAUGGUAUUAGUAUCAAAAAACUCAUUCGAAAAUUAGAAGGGUUUCUUCAUGUUGAUUAUGUAGUUAAUGAAUUAAAAGAGAUCGCAGCAUUAAAGAACUAA